CUUCACCUGGGCAACUACAUCCACACCAAAUCUCUCUCUCUCUCUCUCGCGCACACACUCACCAAAAAUGGAGUGUUCUUGGCCGGAAAACUCGCCCUCCAAGCCCAGAAAAGCCAUUGAAGAGCUAGUUCAAGGCCAUCAACUAGCAAAGCAGCUCCGGGGUCUACUCAGUAGUUGGCCGGGAGAGGAUGGGUCAGCCCCGGCGGAUGAUCUUGUUCUGAAAAUCUUGAACUCGUUCACAAACAGUCUUUCGAUAUUGAAUUCCGCCGCCGAGUCCGAUUCCGACGUUUCUCAGAUUCAGCCCAAUGCCCGAGCCAGUUCGCCGUGUAGGGAUGCUCCCAAGUCGGAAUCUUCCGGAGAAAGUUGCAGGAGUAUCUCUACGGUGAAGGAUCGGAGAGGAUGUUAUAAGAGAAGGAGGACUUCACUGACGGUAACUAAAGACACCCCUGCUCUGAUCGAUGACGGCCAUGCAUGGAGAAAAUACGGACAAAAACCGAUCCUUAAUGCGAUAUACCCAAGGCAUUACUACAGGUGUACUCAUAAAUUUGAUCAGGGAUGCCAAGCAGCCAAACAGGUGCAAAGAAUCCAAGAGGAUCCGCCGAUGUACCGGACGACAUAUAUUGGCCAUCACACUUGCAGAACUUUCCCAAAAGUUUCUGAAUUAAUCUUGAAUUCUUCUCCUACCGGCGGCUCUCCCUUUGUUCUAAGUUUCGACAACUCCUCCACAAACAAACAGAAUCACCCCUUUCUCUCAUCCUACCAACUAGUCAAGCAGGAGCACAAAGAAGAUAUCAUUCCGAGCGAUGAUAUGACCUACAACCAAUCAUCGUCCUCUGAUUAUCUUGUGUCCCCGGAUCGGACGGCAUUCGAACCAUUCUGCAGCAACAUGGCUGUCUUAUCGUCAUCGAUGGAGUCCGAUAAUGGGGAUGUUAUUUCUGGGGUUGACUUUGCCGAUGAUGAUCUGCUAUUCUCUUCUUUUUAAGGUUUAUAUAUAUGACUGUCCCUAAGGGGUAGUUCAAUUGAUUAGAAACCAUGCGUUAUGAAGCGAAGGUCACUAGUUUGAAUCCUCCCUCCCCCUCUUGUGUGGACAUGUCAAAAAAAAAAAAAAAAAAAGUACCGUUAGUUUCUUGGAACAGAGCGCUACUAGUUGGCAGCUCCAUUAGUGUAUGGACAAGAUGUAACCCUCUUUAAUUUUCUAGUGUUUACCAUUUUUGUAUA